AUGCAGCGCCCCUCGACGCGCGGGUCCGCGAAGGCCGCCCACUUCCCAAAGCGGCUCCCAUCAGCGGCGGCGAGGACGGCGUCGCCGGUCGUAGCGGCGGCAACGACCGCGUCUUCAAUCCGCCCCAGCAUGUCGCUCUCGUUGCUGGGGGACCGCGACGGCGACGACGUGCCUCCCCUGCGCUACCGCACCGACCUCGACAAGCACGUGAUCCACUUUGCCUUUCAACGCUUUCCGCACAGCAUCGAGAUUGUGGAGGACGAGGACGCGAUGUCCGUCGACUGGCACUUCUUCUGGAUGACGGUGGGGCGCGUGCGCACAAUUUUCUCCACCGCGGAGUACCGCCUGUCGGAGACGCAGAUCAUCAACCACUUUCCGAACCACUACGAACUGACGCGGAAGGACUUGAUGUACAAAAACAUCAAGAAAUACAUUAGAGACCCCAGCAACGCUCACCUGGCGGUGCGGUACACGCCGCCCUGCUGGACGCCGUACGAGUGGGCGGAGCGUCUGCCGAAUUUGCUGCACUUCGCGGACUGCGUACCGGUGACGUACAACAUCCCGAACGACCUGCACAUGCUGAAGGAGGAGUUUAGGCGGCAGCCUGGCAGCACGUGGAUUGUGAAGCCCACCUCCCUCUCGCAGGGCCGCGGCAUCUUUCUUAUCAACCGCGUUGUGCAGCUAACGAGGUGGCUUAAGGAGCGGAAGGAAAUGGACGAGGCGGAUGGGUAUCCACCGACCGCGUACGUCGUCUCCAAGUACGUCGCCAAUCCACUUCUGAUUGGUGGGAGGAAGUUUGACCUGCGUCUCUACGUGCUUGUGACCUCCUUUAAGCCACUGGUGGCCUACCUGCAUGAGCAGGGCUUUGCCCGCUUUUGCGCCGCGCCCUACGUGGCCAACGCCCUCAAGGACGAUAACCUCUGCUCGCACCUUACGAACGUGGCGCUGCAGAAGGGCGAAGAGACGUACAACGAGAUGCAUGGCGGGAAGUGGUCGCUGGCGAACUUGUGCCUUUUUGUGCAGGGGCGGUACGGGGCGGUGUGCGCAGAUGGGCUGAUGCGGAGCAUUGAGUUCAUCAUCUACCACAGCCUCAGGGCGAUGGAGUCCGUGAUGUUCAACGACCGGCACUGCUUUGAGCUCUACGGCUACGACAUCCUCAUCGACGACUGCCUGCGGCCACACCUGAUCGAAGUGAACUCCUCCCCGUCGCUCUCGACCACGACGCUCUCGGACCGGCUGCUGAAGGAGGACGUGCUGGCGGAUGUGUUGAGCAUCAUCUUCCCGCCGUACUUCCCAAGCCCGCGGGCGAUGCCGUACUGGGAGCACCGCCUGCGGACGGAUUUGACGACGGCGGUGCAGACCGGAUUUCGGCUGUUGCACGUGGAGGCGUGA